UCUCGCCGGCUAGGGCUAUUAAAAAAACUCGGUGGACACGUCCGGCCGCGUCCCUAGUCUUCCCAUUCACCAGCCGGUUGAGCUUGAGUGAGAGCAAAGGAAAACAUGGCCGGCAGCUGGGAUGAGCUGCCGGCACCACCAGAAGCUGAUUUGAAGUCGAAGGAGACGCAGAGAUAGCAUGGCGGAGGAGAGGAGAAUUCCAAUUUGGAGCUUCCGAACGGAACAGACGAACAGUGGGGAGGCGGAGCACGGCAGGGCUACACCUCACCGGCCUCGCUCACCGAUUAUGUCAGCCAUGAUCCUCCCCGCGUGCUCCGGCGAUGCCGCGGCGGAAGCCAAAGGCAAGCGCGACUGCCAUGGCGCCACUACAUUCCGAUGCCCCAUCCCCCUCGUGUCCCGGCUCCGAGCAAUACUACCACUACUCUUGCAUAGCCACCGACCAGGGGCCGCGCCGCAGGGGGUCAAGAAAGCAGCGGCGAUGGAGGCGGACGAGCUCCUGAAGAAGAUACGGGCGCUGGAGGAGGGGCAGGCGGAGCUCAAGCGGGAGGUGGGCAGGCUCAUGCCGGACCGCCGCGCCGCGGCCCGGCGACGCGCCCUCCGCGCGCUGCCGCCGCCGCCGCCGCGGCCCUCCUCGUCGUCGCGGCGCGUCGCGGCCCGCGGCAGGCUGCCCGACAGGCACUGCCACUGGAUACUGCAGUCGCUGGGGCAGGCCGUGCACAUCAUCGCCCCCGACGGGAAGCUCCUGUACUGGAACCGGUAUGCUGAGCAUAUGUAUGGCUAUACUGCAGCAGAGGCAGUUGGUCGGAAUGCCGUCGAAUUAAUUGUUCAUCCUACUGACUUCGAUUCAGCAAAAAUCAUCAUCCAGAAUAUAUUUAUGGGCAAGUGUUGGAGAGGGAGGUUUCCUGUUAAGAACAAAGCAGGAGAGAGGUUUUUUAUUUCUGUCCACAACACCCCUUUGUACGAUGACGAUGGUAGCUUGGUGGGCCUCAUCUGUCUCUCGCUUGAUGUACGGGCAUUAGAGGAGAUAUUUAGUCCCUCGGACUCGGCAGAAUCCUAUCAAAGUACAGCAAAGCACCGGUUUCAUGCCAACAACCGGCCUACAAGUGGUUCAGUAAACAAAGGUUCUCUUCACUCCCAGCAACCUCCUCAAUCUGCUGUCACCUCCAAGAUAGUAACUUUGGCUACCAGCGUUACAAGUAGAGUUCGUUCUCGGAUAAGGAUAGGUCAGAAUAGCGACAAACUGUAUGGUGGUGGCUGUGAGGGCCAGUAUUCUCAACUUGAUCUCCAGGCCGAGGUGGCAUCAAGUGAAGAAAACACCCCAAGUGGGGAUGUAGUGCAUGGUGCCUUUGCGGCCCAAGAGAAAUCCCUUGGCAAGUCGAGCAAAACAAGUAGUGAUGACCCAGGAGAAGGAAAAGUAGGGUCCUACAAGAUUUUUCGUUCGAAGGCUGAGGCAUUAUUGGCAAAGAAGGGCAUAUCAUGGCCUUGGAGAGGGCAUGAAAAUGAUGGGGGUUCUGGAAAGAAUAACGUGAACUCAACACAGUUGCAGGAUAAGCAGGAGAAUGACCAGAGUCAUCAGAAAGUUCCAGUUCUAGAGCCUAUCAUAAUUCCAGACUGCCAAAGCAGCGAAGACACUUGGGCUACGAAAUAUGAGGUCUCAGGUUCCUGGUGGGAUUUCAACAAGAACAACACGAGUAGCAUGAGCAGCACUGGGAGUACUGAUAGCAGUGGUAUCGAGAGAGUAGAUUAUGAAGCAGACUGCCUAGAUUAUGAGAUUCUCUGGGAAGACCUAGUAAUUGGAGAACAAGUAGGUCAAGGUUGUUGCGGAACAGUGUAUCAUGCUUUGUGGUAUGGCUCGGACGUGGCAGCUAAAGUAUUCUCCAAGCAGGAAUAUUCAGAAGAAAUGAUAAAUACCUUCAGACAAGAGGUAUCAUUGAUGAAGAAGCUACGACAUCCCAAUAUAAUACUUUUCAUGGGUGCAGUUGCUUCGCAGGAACGACUUUGUAUUGUUACUGAAUUUCUGCCACGCGGGAGUUUGUUUCGGUUGCUUCAGAGUAACAUUGGCAAGCUGGAUCCAAGACGGAGAGUUAACAUGGCUAUUGACAUUGCAAGGGGCAUGAAUUAUCUUCACAGUUCCAUCCCAACUGUUGUUCACCGUGAUUUGAAAUCACCAAACCUUUUGGUUGAUAAGAAUUGGACUGUAAAGGUUGCAGACUUUGGUCUUUCACGUCUGAAACUCGAAACAUUUCUGUCAACAAAAACUGGAAAGGGAACACCGCAGUGGAUGGCUCCGGAGGUGCUACGGAGUGAACCUUCAAAUGAAAAGUCUGAUGUAUUCAGCUAUGGAGUGGUCCUGUGGGAGCUUGCUACUCAGAAGAUCCCCUGGGAUACUCUCAAUACAAUGCAGGUUAUCGGAGCCGUGGGUUUCAUGGAUCACAGACUGGAAAUACCAAGCGACGUGGAUCCUCAGUGGGCAUCAAUGAUCGAGAGCUGUUGGGAAAGUGAACCGCAACGCCGCCCUUCGUUCCGAGAACUUCUCGAGAGGCUCCAGGGGCUGCAGAAGCAGUACACGGUCCAGGCGCAGACGGAGCGGAAAGCGGCUGGGAAAGGUGCUCGAAAGGCGAGCGUCAAAGAUGAUGGCUGAGGUAGCUUCAUGUUCUGAUGGAGGUUUAUGGAGCUGCCAUCUUGGGGAACAGUUUUCCAUGAUACUUCUAAAGAGGAUUGCCAGAGAGGUGGCGCAUGGUUUCUCAAGUUGCAACCUUGAUGCUUAGAAGUGCAGUUUGUCGGCAUGACAUGAGACUGCCAGUCGUUUCAAGGCUAAUGCGGAUUUUCACAACCUGGGCAAAUCUGACCAUGAUGAUGAUACGUGUUUAGAUACCAUUGGUCUAACAGCUAGUUGCGCCUGUACCACCAAAAUAUGUCAUGGCAUAAACAACACUUUCCGCUUCGGGCAUGGCUUUUCUAUUCCUUCUAAUUUUAACUUUCUAUUUUGCGUUUGUUUUUUUUAUUUGCGUAAUUUACAGUAUUUUUUUUACUUUAAUGUUUUCAUUUUUCUUCUUACUUGUGGUUUAUUUUUAGUUUUUUAUUUGACAAAUACAUUAACCUUUUUUAAAGGUUUUAAUAUUAUUUACGCUUA